AUGACUCAGGAAGACAUCUGUGUACAAUCCAAUGGUGAAUCUGUGAAGGAAGAGAAAUGGGGAAUAAUCGGAGGGAGGAAAUGUGUGAGAUCAGGAUCAUGUGUGUCCAGCUCUGUGUCUCUGAAGAGUGACCAGUCUAAAGAAAAUCCUCUACCAAACUUCAGAGAGAAAAGACCAUCAUCUGCCAAAAGUGUCACUAGAGAUGAUCAUACUGGAGACCUGCCGCAGGAUUCACUCCAACCAGAACAUGAUGAACUUCAGAGAGUCAAAGAGCAGCACAAAACCGGCAUGAAGAACAAGUAUGAGAGAUUAUUUGAGGGAAUCAACCAUGGAGAGACUCAAAUCAACAUGAGGAAGCAGAAGUAUGAAGAGAGAGAUCCAGAGAAACUCCUGCAGUCCAAAAGGGAAGUGAUUGUCAAACUUGCUGAAGUGGCUUUCAGACAGCUUAUGAAGGGCAAUGUGAUGUUCUAUGAGGAGGACCUGAUUGAGAGCGGCAUAGACGUCACUGAUGCCUCAGUGUAUUCUGGGAUCUGCACUGAGAUCUUCAAGGAGGAAUCUGUGAUUCAUCAGAGGAAAGUCUACAGCUUCAUCCAUCUCAGCUUUCAGGAGUUUCUGGCUGCUUUCUUUGUGUUUUACUGCCAUUUAACAAAUAACAGAGAACCGCUGAGGGUGAUUUAUGACGGAGUAUAUUUAUGUAAUCAACAUCAACAGUCCAGCUCUGAGAAGUCUCUGUGUGAUCUGCUCGGUUCAGUAGUAUUUAAAGCUGUCAGCAGUAGUAAUGGUCAUCUGGAUCUGUUCCUGCGGUUUCUGCUGGGCGUAUCAAUAGAGUCCAAUCAGAGACUCUUCCAGGAUCUGCUGACACACACAGAGGAGAGCUCAGAGAACAUCAGAGGAAUCACACUGUACAUUAUAGACCAGAUCAAGACAGAUGACCAUCUCUCAGCUGAAAGAUCCAUCAAUCUGUUCCUCUGUCUGCUGGAGGUGAAAGAUCAGACUCUGGCCAGAGAGAUUUGCAAUGAUGAUAGCUCCUUGGCUUUUUAG